GAGCUCGCCCGGCCUCGCGGUAGGCCUCGGCGCGUCCCUGGGCUCGGGUAAGCCAAGUUCCCGGGGCGGAUCCAGCCCAGCCGCGGCGAGCAAACUCUCUGCUCGGUCACCUCGCCAGAGCGGAACUUGCUCCCGGCCGGCCCCGGGCCCUCACCCGCGUGCGCUGCCCACCGAAGCAGGCUUACAGUCGGGGGCGUUUGGACUUCCGCGGUGCCCUGUGGAAGGAAACACGCUAGGGUUCUGUGGUUAAGAAUCAGACCACUCACGUCCCAGCCCCACGGCACAAAGGCACAAGUGUUUUAAGGCCGAUGGAUGGGCGAUGAACUGGUGAAAAAUAAGUUAACUCGAAUUUACUACCAUAUGGUUUAGGAAGGGGGAGGGGGUUAGGUUCUCUUUGUUUCACUACAGCAGAUUUUACCUUAAAAAGUAGUCUCACCGACUCAGUGAAAAGUUUAUUUCAGUACGGGUAAUGGAAGAUUGUAUACGUGACCUGAAAGUAUUGUAUCCCUUAGAUUUUCAAGUCCAGUAAAGGUGUUUUGGAAGUAGAAAAAGUUUGAGGAGGAAGAUUCUCUCGCAGGCAGGACAUUCUUAGGGAAGUACAGACCUUGGAUUUUCUAUGGUGAAAAACUCAGUUCAGUUAACAUACAUUUAGUGAAAGUUUCAGAAUUUGCAUUUCUAAAGGCAAGAUUGAGAUCGAACAUUUUGUGUUUGGUGAUUCUCUAAAAAAAAAACUAACAGGAAAGAAACUUCUUGGAGCAUUUUUGAUUACUGUUCAUAUGUUGGACAUUUUGAAAUAGCAGGGUACUUAAUUUAGCCUCAAUCAGAUGGAUGAAAAGAAAUUUUUGGGAACUCACCUGUUAAACCAUUUUAUAUGCUUAAUGGGAAUGUGUUCCUUAUCAGUGCAAUUUGAAAAAAGUUUUAAUUAAGGUUAUAAUCAUUCCAUUUGGAGAUGGUAAGGUUGGCAUCAGUUGGUGUAUUGAUCACCUUCAAGACAAAGUGAAAGUGAGCACGGGGUGUAGGCUCUAACUGAGGAACCAGAUUAAAAUAUCAGAAAAACAGUCUGAUGAGAUGGGUGUCUGAGGUCUGCUCCUUGCCUUAAGGAAGCAGCAUCUGGACUGAAUACCCUGAUGCAGUAUCCUGGAAAAGUACCCUCAGAUGAUGUGUUUGAGCCAUUGACAUGGUUUAGGUAGAUACAGCAUCCUUUAAUAAAAUACACAUUGUGUGAUCUGAGCCCAUCUUUCCCUCUUUGGUCCUGGUAAGGAUACUUUUUAAUUACUUGACAUCUUGAAACUUUCAACACCUGUCUUGGCAACUUAAUGCACAAUGUUUGACAAGUGAUUUUUAUAUUUACAUACAUACAUUAAUUAAAGUUAUUUCUUUAUUUAUUUUAGACAGUGUCUCACUAAGUAGCACUGACUGGCCUGGAACUCAAGAGUUCUGCCUGCUUUUGCCUCCCCAGAACUGUGAUUAAAGGUGUGUGCUCGCAGACCUUUAACAGGGUUAGUUUAAGGGUCUAGUUUUUGGCCUAAAGCAGGAAUGAUAGUUUUAGUAUCACAUCUGUUCAUGAGAUUUGUCUAUAUUUUGUAGUAUAUUAUUUCAGGCAGUAAUUAUUUUCAUCAGGAAGGAUUUGACAAUCUCAAAUAUAGGGUACAAUAUAUAGGGUACAAGCUCAGAUUUUUGUUUACUUUUCUCUUUGGACCAGCUAAACCUGUUUAUUUCAUUGUGAGACAGGGAUCACGGUACCUAUUCUUGGCUGGUCUGAACUUACUAUGCACACUAGACUGGCUUCAUACUUUUCAGGCACCUUCUUGUAUUCAGCCUUCCUAUAUCUGCCUCCCUUCUGAGCCAUCUCACUUAGCACAGCACUUAUUAGUGGUCUAGAUUUUGCUCUUUUAAUCAUCUGUCCUUACAUUCUCUGCAGUUGUUUUCCUUGGGAGUAUGACCCAGAACUGGAUGUUGUAGUCUAGUUCAGGACAGAGCUGAACAGCCUGUAAUGUACUUGCCUAGGUCUUGCUUUACAGCCUUAAGUGUACAAAUAACUUGUUACUUUGUCUUCUCCCAACUCUAACCAAUUGCUCUGUAGUAUACAGAUGAUAUAACAUUGGACCACACAGCCCCAAGAUGAACACCCAUCAAGAUCAAGCACUGGACUACUCUGAGAAAAAUGGAUGCAGCCAAGGACACAGAGAAUGCUCUAGGCCAGAGUUAACCCACUUUCUCUAAAGUAAAGGGCCAGGUGUCAGCUGUGAUGCAUGUUUAAAAGGAAAUUUUCGAGGUCGCAGAUAUAAGUGUUUAAUUUGCUACGAUUACGAUCUUUGUGCAUCUUGUUAUGAAAGCGGGGCAACGACAACAAGGCAUACAACUGACCACCCGAUGCAGUGCAUAUUGACAAGGGUAGAUUUUGAUUUGUACUAUGGUGGGGAAGCUUUCUCUGUAGAGCAGCCACAGUCUUUUACUUGUCCCUAUUGUGGAAAAAUGGGCUACACGGAAACAUCUCUUC